UAUAAAGCUUCUCUGGGCACCAAUUGUGGAUUCAGUUUACUGGAAGCGCAUAGGCCGUCGAAAAUCGUGGAUGGUUCCGUGCCAAUAUCUUAUCGGCAUUUUUAUGCUUUUACUGUCGUACAGAGUUUCGGAAAUUAUGGGUGACAGCAAUGUUGUCUAUCUAACGCUUGAUUCACCCGAUUUCGCUAACAGGUUUUUUCGAAGUGAACCAAAAUCCUAUGGUUUGGUGAGUCUGGCCGGUGAGUUUCAUUUAUAAAA